UUGUAGUAGUCAGGCAGGACAACCGGACAGAGACUCUAUAAUGUCUGUCUUUGUGAUACUGGGACUGCUGGUCUGCAUAGAGGCACAAGCGUCCAGUGCUGUGACUCCUGUGUUUGUGCAGAAGGGAAAGGAUGUGCUUCUGAAUGUCACGACAGAUGUUCUUAAGCGUAUUACUUUUGUUUCGUGGAACUUCAAUAAAAAGGUUUUAGUAAUAUUUGUACCUGGUACAAAUUCAUCAGUCUCUGAUGGUUACACUGGAAGGAUUGAGUUUUCUGAGAUAAAAUACUCUGUGAAACUGAAGAAUCUACAAAAGGCAGACAGUGGAGUUUAUACUGCACGGGUGUUUGGGGCUGAAGAACAAACAACUGAAUACAAUGUCACAGUUCAAGAUCCAGUGUCUCCAGCUGGACUGACAGUGGACUCUGUGUCCAACAGCUCGGACUCCUGUAACCUCACUGUGACCUGCAGUGCACAGGACUCUCACAUUAGCAGCACUUUUACAUGUGACCACCAAACCUGCAGUCAGGAGGGAGGAGAGCGAUCAGAGGUCACAACCUCUGGUGCUUCUCUCCAUGUCUACCUGAUGAAUGACUCAAUCAUCUGUAACCAUAGCAACCAGGUCAGCUGGACCAAUAACAUGACAAAGAUUCAGCAUUUCUGCCCCCAACAUGCUGGUUCAGAGAGUCUCUCUGCUGGUAUCUCUCUGUGCCUGGUGAAGACAGUCAUGUUCUCUGUCGGUCUGAUCAUCAUGGUGUCCGCCGUCAUCAGUGUUCACAUCAUGGAGAAGCUCAAGAAGCAAAAAUAAACAAAUAGUUCUCUACUGAGCAAUCUUACAUAUAUCGCUCUCUUUAGUUAAAGGUGUCCUAUGGAGGUUUUGACCAGUAAUAGCACUAUAUUUUUUAUGAUUGAGUCUCUGUUUUGUUUGUAUUGUGCAUGCUCGAGCCCCCAGGGGCGACAUGGUACACAUUCCUGCUGCUGAUUUCAUGCUAUUCCACUGAUCGACAGUUGGUGGCUGUAACACACCAAGAAAUGUAGCAAUGCACCAAUUUUUUCAAUUUAUUCUUGAUUAUUCAUUGAUAAUACCCAAUCAUCCCUGUGCUCCCUUUGUAAAUAAGAUGACUGUGUAAGAAAAUGUUUUUGGAGGAUGUUAUCUUGAAAAACAACAAAAAAGAAACCUCUAUUUUUUAUGAUCAAGACAAAAAACAUACAAUAAAUAGCCUUGAUCAACACACUAUAUGUAACACUGCAUGUGGUCCAAUUUUUGGACACUUAUUAAAGCUAUAUACUAUCUUA